AUGAGUGUACCAUAUGAAGAAGCAUUAAAUUCAUUGCAAUCAAUGUUCUCUUCAUUUGAUAGAGAGUUGAUUGGAGCAGUGUUACAACAAAACAAAGGACAUAUGGAAAAGACUAUCGAUGCACUCUUGGAAAUGAGUGGAGAGACUCCUAUCAAUCAAAAUACAGAUUCUGAUGCUUCACUUGCUCAGUUGCAACAAGAUGAAAUGAUGGCCCGCAUGUUACAGAAUGACUUGUUUGUCAAUGAACUGCGAAAUGAUGAAGACUUUGCUCGUUUAUUUCAACAAAGAGAAAGUCAAGCAUAUAUGCAACAACAAAGAAGACUUCGACAACAACAACAACAACAACAGCAACCACAGCAACAACAACAAUCACCAACAUCACGACCAGUUUCUCAUGAUCAUGAGGAUGGUGUAUCACCAUUGACACUGUUUGAAGAGGAUUUUGGAGAUAUUAAAGAAAAAUUAAAUAACUUGGGUGAAGCUGCAAAGACCAAAUUUAGAGAAUUGGCAGACUUUUUCAUGAAAAAGGAAGAGAGUCAAUACAAUGCUGUAAGAACUACAGAUGAUGAUGAAGAAGCUUCAAUUCUACCUAAAAGCAAUAGUGGUAGUAUUAAUGGUGGUGGCGGAGGUCGUCGUCAUGACGAAGAUGAAGUUGUAGUAUUUGAUAGAAGUAAUAGAAACAACUUUACUGUAAAUAGUAAUAAUAAUAGUAAUAAUAAUCAUAGCAACUAUAGUAUCAAUGAUGAUGAUUCAGGAUCAUAUGAUUCAUUUGUUUUGGAAGAUAGAUCAAAAGAAAAUAGAAGUAUGGGAAGUGUAAAAUUAAGAUCAUUAAAGGAUUCAAAAAAAGAUGAUGAUUAA